UCUGAUAUUAUGUUAAUUUUAUUAAUAAUACAUUGAAUAAAAAAAAAUCGAUAUAGUGCGGCUAAUUUGAAUAAAAUGUCUAUUUAAUAUGAAGAUUUGUUUUCGCACAUAACUUCUCCGAUGCAAUGUACCAUAAGGAUUACAGUAACUUCGUCCGUCCAACACUUGAUGAUGCAGCUGUUGUACCAUCUACCAAUUUCCCGAUCCCAAAGCUUAGCGGAAAAGAAGCUAGGAAACUCUAUUUAGAAGAAGUGAGAAAUAUAGAAGACCCUCACAUAAUUUCUAAUGAUGAAUCCAAUGUGCCUGAAAAAUUACUUUGUAAGCGUAAGAUUGAUCCUAACUUGACGGAUCAAGAAUUAUUUCAAAGUAUUCAAAACAAUUGCAUUGAUGUGGUGAAAUCUACUUUAGAUACUUUUCCAUAUAAAAUUGACUUGAAAGAUGAAUUUGGUUGGAGUUUGCUAAUGAUAGCAUGUCAGGCAAAUUCAGUAGAUAUUGUAAAAGAACUAAUAAAACGCGGUAUUGAUACAACUGUUAGAGAUAAAGCUGGAAACUCUGCCCAAAGCCUAGUCAUACAAAACAAAAAUAUUGUGCUAGCUAAUAUACUUCUUAUGCAAGCUACUGAAGAUAUCAAACCAAUAAAAACACAAGUUAAGUUAAAAAAACAAGACUAUCAGUGCCCAAUUUGUAACAACUUAUUUUUUUCUGAUAGGGAACAGCAUUUAUCAUCUACACUACAUAAUAUAAAUGUAAGUAAAGGAAAGAAAAUUCCAACAAACUAUGUUAUUCCUGAAUCAAAUAAGGGAUUUCAAAUUAUGUUGAAGGAGGGUUGGGACAAAGAAACAGGAUUAGGUCCAGACGGUGCUGGAGCUAAAUAUCCAAUUAAAGCAACUAUGAAGAAAGACAGAACUGGACUGGGAUUGAAAAAAAAGGAAGAAAGUUCUGAGAAAAAAUCUCCUAAAAUUGUCAAUAAAAAAUUUUUAAAAAGAGAAGAGCAUAAAAACAAAAUUAUGGAGAUCAGGUUUCGUAGAGAGUUUUACUAAAAUGUAACAUGUAACAUUGUUCAAUGUUUAAUUUAGGUUACAAUAGUUAUUACUAUAUAUCCUUUAAGCACAAAAUGAGGAAAAUAAACAACAUUUAAACAGGCAAAUAUAAAAGUUUAUUUCAAAAGACACUGAUCACAUCUUGAACAAAAUUAUGUUCUUCUGAAUAUAAUAUAGUAAACAAUUUUAAGAAAUAUAAUUAUUUAACAAAA